AUGGGAUCGCGAAAGCGCACCCGCUCCGAGGCCAUCCCCAUGGACCAAGACGCCCCGGAAGAGCAAGGCCUGCUCACCCAGAUACGGAAUACCUGGGAAUUUGCAAGUCUCAUGCAGUACAUCGCCAUCUUUGGCCAGGUGAUGAAGAUAGACGAGGAGUUUGAGAUCGAGGAUCUGGAGACCGAAUGCCUCAAACCUGAACCCUCUCAUAAACUUUUGGAAAUUGGAUUGUGUCUGCUUAAGUGGAUCUCGUCGCAUCGCGGCCUCACGUAUGAGAAUUUCGACGAGUACACCCGCCGCCAAUACAAUGCGAAGGCCCCCAAUACUACCAACCCCUUUGGAUAUGAUGAGGAGCCGAAGAAGUUUAUGGAUUUUGAUGUUUUCCUUAAGCUUCGUGUUCUUCAUACAUUGACAACUUGGACUUUUUGGAACGCAGACCGUAUUCGCGACAAGAUGCCUGAGAAGAGGGAAACUGAUCAGCUGGAAUGGCGCAUUGAAGAGUUUGGUUGGGAUCGCGAAGGGCGUUCAUACUACGUUCUAGAUGACAACCGUUUGUACCGUCGCACAGAUCGUCCUGCCCCUCCGCCCCUUCAGCGACCAAAGAAGAAGGCGAAGGGUAAAUCUUCUCGAUCGUCUCGGGUGUCGAAGCGUGCUUCCACGGCAGCUGCGGAAGAAGGAUCCGACGAGGAGAACAAGGAUGCGAACAGUGAAGAUCCCGCUGCGGCCUUCGCUGAGGACCCUUACAAGUGGGAGUGUCUUGCGGUCACUCUCGAGGAAUACCAGGCUUUCUUGGAACCGCUCCAGAAAACCAAAGAUGCGGACGAGAAGGCGCUCCGGUCUAGCAUUGAGGAGCACAUCUUGCCUAUCCUAGAGAAGGCCGAGGAGGCGUCGCAGCGCAAGCGCGCCAAGCGUGAUAAGGAACUUCUGAGCCUGCAGCUUGUCGCGGGUGCCAAGCGGUCAAGCCGACUUGCUGCUAAACAGGAACACGAGCGACUUGAACGAGAGACGAUGGAGGCCGCUCGGAAACAUGAACAUGAUUUGGCCGAGGCUCGCCGGGAACAGGCCAAGCAUAGCCAGCUUGAGGAUGACCGCCAAUCUCGUAUGAUGACUCGCGAGCAGCGCAUCAAGGACCGUGAGCAGAAGCGCAUUCUGCACGAGGCAGAGCUUGAGCGCAUCGCCGAGGAGCAGGAGAGGCUGGAAAAGGGCGAGAGCAGGGCCUCUGCUCGGAACCUCAAGGCUGAGCUAGAAAAGUCGCAGAGGAACUUAGCGCAGCUUUCUCAGGAUGACCAGUGGAUCUUUGAUUGCUCUGGUUGUGGGGUGCACGGGGAGAAUUUGGAUGAUGGGAGCCACAGCGUUGCCUGCGAGAAAUGCAAUGUGUGGCAGCAUAGCAAGUGCCUCGGUAUUUCGCAACAGGCCGCUGAAAAAGACGACUUUCAGUUUGUCUGCCUCGAUUGCAAGCAGAAGGAGCAAGAUGCCAACAAGCCCAAGCUUCCACCUCUGAAAUUCCGUGUCAGCGCUUCCGCGUCUCCAUCAGCUUCUCCGUCUGUCGGCAAGAAGCGUAAGCUGGAGGAUGAAGAUGAGCAGAUGCCGCUUUCGCCUGUGAAGAAAUCCCAUACAGCUCUAUCCAACAUCCAGAACAAUCCCCCAAGGACGCAGCCUUCUCUUCCCGCCACCCUUAGCCAUGGCCACUUCUACCCUCCACCCUCGCCUCAACGCCCUGCCCAUCACACAAAUCAGACACCCUUGCCGUCUUCAAGCCCUCCCCGUCCUCCAUUUUCUCCUCCCAAGGGCAUGAAUGGUCUGCUGCAUUCUAUGGAACAGAACCCCCGACCUAGCUCUGCUCAGCACCCUCUGCCGCCUAUGAAUGCGGCCCCUCACCUUCCUCCCAUCGGAUCUUUCCAAUCCGUGCGACCCUCAUCCUCUCACUCUAACCAGAGCCCCGUUCAGAACCAGCCGUCCAUGUCGCCUACGCAGGGUAAUCCUGAUGUUGGCCCUCUCGCAGGCUUCCCUUCUGUCGCUCCGCGUCACGCCUCAUCUCCGUGGAGCUCCUAUGAUACCCAUGUGACUCCGCGCCCCCAGUCUGGCCAUGGAGCCACCAACAUCUCGGCGAUGUCUCACAACUACCCAUCUUUCUCUGCCGCCACGCCCAAUGGCAACCACUCCUCGCCUCCCCAGAGCUCGCACGGCCUGAUGUCAGGAAUUAGCCCGACCAAGCAGUCCCCUCGCCCGGUGACUUCUGGUAGCAUGGCAGGCGCUCCAGUGCUGCCGCCCAUCCGCCGAUUGGAGCCGAGCCCUAAGCUCAUGGGCCGCAGCUCCCCGGAUGCUCCUAUUCCUCCACCAGUGAAAUGCAUGACUCCUGAGCAGGAAGAACGCCGCCAGAGAGAGAAUGCCUCGAGGCUACACCACGCCCAUGGCUAUUCCAAUGGCCAGCAUCUGAUGUCGUCGCCAUCCCUGAACCGCGUUCCUCCCUUGGGUUCUGGCGCUGUGUCUCAGUACCCUGACCCAUCGCCUCAGCGUGGAAGCAAUGGCCAUGAUCAAUAA